AUGGCCGGAACCACAGGAAGGAAGCGGGCGCGCGAGGGAAAGGUCAAGCCCCCGCAACCGACCAAGAAGCAGAAGAGGCAGAACCUGCGCCACUACGACCGGGUUGCCAACGACAGCGAGGAGGAGGAGGGCGCGGGCGCGGGCGACUUCAAGGCCGUCAACCUGCUCGACUCGGAUUCGGACGACAUCCACAAUGCCGCGGCCGACGACGGCGCCGAGACGGCGGGGUCCAUCAGCUCCGGCGACGAGGCGCCGAGGGCGCCCCCGAAGAAAGUGAGGAAGGCCGCCAAGGCAGCGAAACCAACGAAGCGCUCGGCGGCGGCGGCCGAGGCGCAAAAGCAGACGUCGGGCUCAGAAGCAGAUGACAAUGAAGACGACGACGGCCAGAGCGCGUCGGGCUCUGAAGAUGACGACGACGAUGACGAUGACACGGAGGACUCCGUCUCCGACACCGAGGGCAACCUCAACGCGCCGCGCCGCGAUACCAAGUCGAGACGUAACGACCCGACGGCCUUCUCGACGUCCAUUUCAAAGAUCCUGAGCACCAAGCUGCCGAGCUCGCGCCGUGCCGACCCCGUGCUCGCACGCAGCGCAUCGGCGCACGAGAACGCCAAGCAGGCGGCCGACGCGGCGCUCGAGCACAAGGCGCGGAGGCUGGUGCGGCUGCAGAAGCGCGAGGCGAUGGAGAAGGGCCGCGUCAAGGACGUGCUGAUCGCGACCGAUGCGGACAAGGCCGGCGACGCGGCGGCCGACGCGGCUUCGUCGACGGGGAGCGUGCUCGAGUUUGAGAGGCGCCAGAGGAAGGUGGCGCAGCGGGGUGUGGUCAAGCUGUUCAACGCCGUGCGGGCGGCGCAGGUCAAGGCGUCCGAGGCCGACAGGGCCGCGAAGAAGGACGGCGUUGUGGCGCACAGCCAAAAGGUGGCCAGGGUGACGGAACUCAGCCAAAAGGGCUUCCUGGACCACCUCGUCGCGGCGGGGAGCGGCAUGAAGAAGGCGGCGCACAUUGAGGAGGCGUGA